AUGAUUAACAAUGAGUGGAAAGAGUGUCUGCCUUCUCUGAAGAAAGGAAACUAUAACGGCGAUGAACCAUGGCUCUUGUAUCACCAAAGAGGAUCUUCUCAGGCAACUCUAUACGACCCACGUAGAGGGAGACACUACGUCUCUGUGGACCAGAAUUUAGAAGGGGCAAGAGUUUUGGGGUCUAAUAUGGGAUGGUUGAUGGCCUCGGACUCGGUUAGCGUAAACCCUGGACGGCAACACCGUUUCUUUGUCUACAACCCAUUUAAAGCUAUGAGGUACAAUCUUCCAGUCCUUAACAUAGGGUAUCCUCUGCCAAGCUGUGUAGUCCGUUGUGGGAUUGUGACAAAAACUGUCACCCAAAGAAACUUUUAUGCCAUUGUGGUUACGGAUAACUUUUAUGCACUUCAUGUUCACUACAUUGGUAUGAGGAACGGGAUAUGGGAUGUAGCUUGGACUCUCAACCCAAUCCCUAUAUUUGAUGACGGUGACGAUGAUCAGCAUGCUGAUUACCGAGGUGUGGAGAGCAUCUCCCCUUCUGAGAACCUCCUCUCCAUCCGCAUGAGCGAUCACAGAAAAUAUGACUUGAAUUUGCAAACUCGAGAAUGGGAAGUCUCCGAGAUACUAGGUGAGGAUACCAUGGAUUGGAACCGACUCAGUGGUUUGUCCAUCCAUCAGAUGAAGGAGACCCUGAAUCUGCCUGCAGCGACUCCGACCAGCCUCGAACUCAUCGGCACUAAAACGGAUCGCCACCGAGUGAGGAACCAGUUUAUGAGUGAUGAUGCAAGCACUUCAGAGAUUGACGGCGUUUGGUUGGAAGUUCGGGCUUGA